AAGCCAUCCUCUCUGCUACUGCUUCGUGCUAAUGCUGCUGUCACAUGCAGCCAGGAAAGUUCCCCAAAAUCCUUUGUGAAAAACUUGGGGCUUUUCACGAAAUCAGGAAAAGUUUGCCUUUUCUCCAGGGAGUCAAAAAUAGCUUAGAGAAGAAUUCACCUUUCAUUUCUCCAGCUGGACAUUUUUGAUCAGUAAGAGCCAUGCAGCUAGAGCUCUCCACCUGUGUCUUUCUGUGUCUCUUGCCACUCAGCUUUAGUGCCGUCAGGAGAUACUACCUGGGCGCAGUGGAACUGUCCUGGGACUACCGGCAAAGUGAACUCCUCCGUGAGCUGCACGUGGACACCAGAUUUCCUGCUACAGAGCCAGGAGCUCUUCCGUUGGGCCCGUCAGUCCUGUACAAAAAGACUGUGUUCGUAGAGUUCACGGAUCAACUUUUCAGCGUUGCCAAGCCCAGGCCACCAUGGAUGGGUCUGCUGGGUCCUACCAUCCAGGCUGAGGUUUACGACACGGUGGUCGUUACCCUGAAGAACAUGGCUUCUCAUCCCGUUAGUCUCCACGCUGUCGGCGUCUCCUUCUGGAAAUCUUCCGAAGGCGCUGAAUAUGAGGAUCACACCAGCCAAAGGGAGAAGGAAGAUGAUAAAGUCCUUCCUGGUAAAAGCCAAACCUACGUCUGGCAGGUCCUGAAAGAAAAUGGUCCAACAGCCUCUGACCCACCAUGUCUCACCUACUCAUACCUGUCUCACGUGGACCUGGUGAAAGACCUGAAUUCGGGCCUCAUUGGAGCCCUGCUGGUUUGUAGAGAAGGGAGUCUGACCAGAGAAAGGACCCAGAACCUGCACGAAUUUGUACUACUUUUUGCUGUCUUUGAUGAAGGGAAAAGUUGGCACUCAGCAAGAAAUGACUCCUGGACACGGGCCAUGGAUCCCGCACCUGCCAGGGCCCAGCCUGCAAUGCACACAGUCAAUGGCUAUGUCAACAGAUCUCUGCCAGGUCUGAUCGGAUGUCAUAAGAAAUCAGUCUACUGGCACGUGAUUGGAAUGGGCACCAGCCCGGAAGUGCACUCCAUUUUUCUUGAAGGCCACACAUUUCUCGUGAGGCACCAUCGCCAGGCUUCCUUGGAGAUCUCGCCACUAACUUUCCUUACUGCUCAGACAUUCCUGAUGGACCUUGGCCAGUUCCUACUGUUUUGUCAUAUCUCUUCCCACCACCAUGGUGGCAUGGAGGCUCACGUCAGAGUAGAAAGCUGCGCCGAGGAGCCCCAGCUGCAGAGGAAAGCUGAUGAAGAGGAAGAUUAUGAUGACAAUUUGUAUGACUCGGACAUGGACGUGGUCCGGCUCGAUGGUGACGACGUGUCUCCCUUUAUCCAAAUCCGCUCGGUUGCCAAGAAGCAUCCCAAAACCUGGGUGCACUACAUCUCUGCGGAGGAGGAGGACUGGGACUACGCCCCCGCGGUCCCCAGCCCCAGUGACAGAAGUUAUAAAAGUCUCUACUUGAACAGUGGUCCUCAGCGGAUUGGGAGGAAAUACAAAAAAGCUCGAUUCGUCGCUUACACGGAUGUAACAUUUAAGACUCGGAAAGCUAUUCCGUAUGAAUCAGGAAUCCUGGGACCUUUACUUUAUGGAGAAGUUGGAGACACACUUUUGAUUAUAUUUAAGAAUAAAGCGAGCCGACCAUAUAACAUCUACCCUCAUGGAAUCACUGAUGUCAGCGCUUUGCACCCAGGGAGACUUCUAAAAGGUUGGAAACAUUUGAAAGACAUGCCAAUUCUGCCAGGAGAGACUUUCAAGUACAAAUGGACAGUGACUGUGGAAGAUGGGCCAACCAAGUCCGAUCCUCGGUGCCUGACCCGCUACUACUCGAGCUCCAUUAAUCUAGAGAAAGAUCUGGCUUCGGGACUCAUUGGCCCUCUCCUCAUUUGCUACAAAGAAUCUGUAGACCAAAGAGGAAACCAGAUGAUGUCAGACAAGAGAAAUGUCAUCCUGUUUUCUGUAUUCGAUGAGAAUCAAAGCUGGUACCUCGCAGAGAAUAUUCAGCGCUUCCUCCCCAACCCGGAUGGAUUACAGCCCCAGGAUCCAGAGUUCCAAGCUUCUAACAUCAUGCACAGCAUCAAUGGCUAUGUUUUUGAUAGCUUGCAGCUGUCGGUUUGUUUGCACGAGGUGGCAUACUGGUACAUUCUAAGUGUUGGAGCACAGACGGACUUCCUCUCCGUCUUCUUCUCUGGCUACACCUUCAAACACAAAAUGGUCUAUGAAGACACACUCACCCUGUUCCCCUUCUCAGGAGAAACGGUCUUCAUGUCAAUGGAAAACCCAGGUCUCUGGGUCCUAGGGUGCCACAACUCAGACUUGCGGAACAGAGGCAUGACAGCUUUACUGAAGGUGUAUAGUUGUGACAGGGACAUUGGUGAUUAUUAUGACAACACAUAUGAAGAUAUUCCAGGCUUCUUGCUGAGUGGAAAGAAUGUCAUUGAACCCAGAAGCUUUGCCCAGAAUUCAAGACCCCCUAGUGCGAGCCAAAAGCAAUUCCAAACCAUCCCAAGUCCAGAAGAUGACGUGGAGCUUGACCCGCAGUCUGGAGAGAGAACCCAGGCACUGAAAAAACUAAGCGUCCCCUCCGGUGAUGGGUCGAUGCUCUUGGGACGGAAUCCUGCUCCACAUGGCUCAUCCUCAUCUGAUCUUCAAGAAGCCAGGAAUGAGGCUGAUGAUUAUUUACCUGGAGCAAGAGAAAGAAACACGGCCCCAUCCGCAGCGGCACGUCUCAGACCAGAGCUGCAUCACAGUGCCGAAAGAGUACUUACUCCCGAGUUGAAGAAACUUGAUUCAAAAAUUUCUAGUUCAUCAGACCUUCUAAAGACUUCACCAACAAUUCCAUCAGACACGUUGUCAGCGGAGACUGAAAGGACACAUUCCUUAGGCCCCCCAAACCCACAGGUUAAUUUCAGGAGUCAAUUAGGUGCCAUUGUACUUGGCAAAAAUUCAUCUCACUCUAUUGGGGCUGGUGUCCCUUUGGGCUCGAGUGAGGAGGAUCAUGAAAGCUCCCUGGGAGAAAAUGUAUCACCAGUGGAGAGUGACGGGAUAUUUGAAGAGGAAAGAGCUCAUGGACCUGCUUCACUGACCAAAGACGAUGUUUUAUUUAAAGUUAAUACCUCUUUGGUAAAGACAAACAAGGCACGAGUUUACUUAAAAACUAAUAGAAAGAUUCACAUUGAUGACGCAGCUUUAUUAACUGAGAAUAGGGCAUCUGCAACGUUUAUGGACAAAAAUACUACAGCUUCGGGAUUAAAUCAUGUGUCAAAUUGGAUAAAAGGGCCCCUUGGCAAGAAUCCCCUAAGCUCGGGGCGGAGGCCCAGUCCAGAGCUUCUGACAUCUUCAGGAUCAGGAAAAUCUGUGAAAGGUCAGAGUUUCUGGGCAGGGGAGAACACGGUGGCAGUGGAAGAGGAUGAAUUGAGCAAAGGCAAAGAGAUGAUGCUUCCCAACAGCGAGCUCACCUUUCUGAUUAACUCGGCUGGUGUCCAAGGAAACGAUACACACAGUCAAGGAAAAAAGUCUCGGGAAGAGAUGGAAAGGAGAGAAAAAUUAGUCCAAGAAAAAGUCGACUUGCCUCAAGUGUAUACAGCGACUGGAACUAAGAAUUUCCUGAGAAACAUUUUUUCACCAAAAAGCACUGAGCCAAGUGUAGAAGGGUUCGAUGGGGGGUCACAUGCGCCGGUGCCUCAAGACAGCAGGUCAUUAAAUGAUUCGGCAGAGAGAGCAGGGACUCACAUGGCCCAUUUCUCAGCGAUUAGGGAGGAGGCACCCUUGGAAGCCCCGGGAAAUCGAACAGGUCCAGGUCCGCGGAGUGCGGUUCCCGCCCGCGUUAAGCGAGACUUGAAACAGUUCAGACUCCCGCUAGAAGAAAUAAAGCCUGAAAGGGGGGUGGUUCUGAAUGCCACCUCAACCAGGUGGUCUGAAAGCAGUCCUAUCUUACAAGGAGCCAAAAGAAAUAACCUUUCUUUACCUUUCCUGACCUUGGAAAUGGCCGGAGGUCAAGGAAAGAUCAGCGCCCUAGGGAAAAGUGCCGCAGGCCCGCUGGCGUCCGGGAAGCUGGAGAAGGUUGUUCUCUCUUCAGCAGGCUUGUCUGAAGCAUCUGGCAAAGUUGAGUUUCUUCCUAAAGUUCGAGUUCAUCGGGAAGACCUGUUGCCUCAAAAAACCAGCAAUGUUUCUCGCGCACACGCGGAUCUUGGCCCGAAGAUCUUCCUGCAGAAAACACGGGGACCUGUUAACCUGAACAAAGUAAAUAGACCUGGAAGGACUCCCUCCAAGCUUCUGGGUCCCCCGAUGCCCAAAGAGUGGGAAUCCCUAGAGAAGUCACCAAAAAGCACAGCUCUCAGGACGAAAGACAUCAUCAAUUUACCCCUGGACUGUCACGAAAGCAAUGAUUCAAUAGCAGCAAAAGAUGAAGGACAAGCCGAGACCCAAAGAGAAGCCGCCUGGGCGAAGCAGGGAGGGCCUGGAAGGCUGUGCGCUCCAAAGCCUCCGGUCCUGCGACGGCAUCAGAGGGACAUAAGCCUUCCUACUUUUCAGCCGGAGGAAGACAAAAUGGACUAUGAUUAUAUCUUCUCAGCUGAAACGAAGGGAGAAGAUUUUGACAUUUACGGCGAGGAUGAAAAUCAGGACCCUCGCAGCUUUCAGAAGAGAACCCGACACUAUUUCAUCGCUGCGGUGGAGCAGCUCUGGGAUUACGGGAUGAGCGAAUCCCCCCGGGCGCUAAGAAACAGGGCUCAGAACGGAGAGGUGCCUCGGUUCAAGAAGGUGGUCUUCCGGGAAUUUGCUGACGGCUCCUUCACGCAGCCGUCGUACCGCGGGGAACUCAACAAACACUUGGGGCUCUUGGGACCCUAUAUCAGAGCAGAAGUUGAAGACAACAUCAUGGUAACUUUCAAAAACCAGGCAUCUCGUCCCUACUCCUUCUACUCGAGCCUUAUUUCUUAUCCGGAUGAUCAGGAGCAAGGGGCAGAACCUCGACAAAACUUCGUCCAGCCAAAUGAAACCAGAACUUACUUUUGGAAAGUGCAGCAUCACAUGGCACCCACGGAAGACGAGUUUGACUGCAAAGCCUGGGCCUACUUUUCUGAUGUUGACCUGGAAAAAGAUGUGCACUCAGGCUUGAUCGGCCCCCUUCUGAUCUGCCGCGCCAACACCCUGAACGCUGCUCACGGUAGACAAGUGACCGUGCAAGAAUUUGCUCUGUUUUUCACUAUUUUUGAUGAGACUAAGAGCUGGUACUUCACUGAAAAUGUGGAAAGGAACUGCCGGGCCCCCUGCCAUCUGCAGAUGGAGGACCCCACUCUGAAAGAAAACUAUCGCUUCCAUGCAAUCAAUGGCUAUGUGAUGGAUACACUCCCUGGCUUAGUAAUGGCUCAGAACCAAAGGAUCCGAUGGUAUCUGCUCAGCAUGGGCAGCAAUGAAAAUAUCCAUUCGAUUCAUUUUAGCGGACACGUGUUCAGUGUACGGAAAAAGGAGGAGUAUAAAAUGGCCGUGUACAACCUCUAUCCGGGUGUCUUUGAGACAGUGGAAAUGCUACCAUCCAAAGUUGGAAUUUGGCGAAUAGAAUGCCUGAUUGGCGAGCACCUGCAAGCUGGGAUGAGCACGACUUUCCUGGUGUACAGCAAGGAGUGUCAGGCUCCACUGGGAAUGGCUUCUGGACGCAUUAGAGAUUUUCAGAUCACAGCUUCAGGACAGUAUGGACAGUGGGCCCCAAAGCUGGCCAGACUUCAUUAUUCCGGAUCAAUCAAUGCCUGGAGCACCAAGGAUCCCCACUCCUGGAUCAAGGUGGAUCUGUUGGCACCAAUGAUCAUUCACGGCAUCAUGACCCAGGGUGCCCGUCAGAAGUUUUCCAGCCUCUACAUCUCCCAGUUUAUCAUCAUGUACAGUCUUGACGGGAGGAACUGGCAGAGUUACCGAGGGAAUUCCACGGGCACCUUAAUGGUCUUCUUUGGCAAUGUGGACGCAUCUGGGAUUAAACAGAAUAUUUUUAACCCUCCGAUUGUGGCUCGGUACAUCCGUUUGCACCCAACACAUUACAGCAUCCGCAGCACUCUUCGCAUGGAGUUGAUGGGCUGUGAUUUAAACAGUUGCAGCAUGCCCCUGGGAAUGCAGAAUAAAGCGAUAUCAGACUCACAGAUCACAGCCUCCUCCCACCUAAGCAAUAUAUUUGCCACCUGGUCUCCUUCACAAGCCCGACUUCACCUCCAGGGGCGGACGAAUGCCUGGCGACCCCGGGUGAGCAGCGCAGAGGAGUGGCUGCAGGUGGACCUACAGAAGACAGUGAAGGUCACAGGCAUCGCCACCCAGGGCGUGAAGUCCCUGCUCAGCAGCAUGUAUGUGAAGGAGUUCCUCGUGUCCAGUAGUCAGGACGGCCGCCGCUGGACCCUGUUUCUCCAGGACGGCCAUGCGAAGGUUUUUCAGGGCAAUCAGGACUCCUCCACCCCCGUGGUGAACGCUCUGGACCCUCCGCUGUUCACGCGCUACCUGAGGAUCCACCCCACUAGCUGGGCGCAGCACAUCGCCCUGAGGCUCGAGCUGCUGGGCUGCGAGGCGCAGCAGCACGUCUGACGUCCCCCGUGCCCCCCGCCAGGGCCCCGCCAGCCUCCCUCGCCUCCUCCGCGAGCCCCACAGCGGCCAAGGCGCACCCUCCUCCCAGUGUAAUCAGGCCACAGCCACGAGGACAACCCGCUGGACCCAGCAUCCUCCACCAGGGAAAAGCCAAGUGCGGCCAGUCAGCAGAAGAUCGUCCUGCUGUGAGUGGUUCGGACUGGGCUUCAGAGCUUUGAAACCACAGCCACCCCUGCCCACCAUGCGCAUCAGGGACCACAUGAGCACAGGCCUGAGACCACCGGCAAGACAGACAUAAUCUGAGAACUCAACCAGCAAAGGAGACAAACACGGCCAGGUUUCAUCAUCUGGGCCCCGUGGGGCCUUGGUGUUGGUGCCCCGAGGCUCGCAGACAGGAUUCAAGAGCGCCCCCCGCCCCCCGCAAAUCACACGCAGCGUGGUGUGUGGAUGCGGCGCAGGUGUCCCAAGAAUUGGUGGGACUUUUAAAGGGUCAAAAGACUGUAAAAGAGUUCAGGUCAGUCUGAGAAGGAUGGAGACAUGCAGCCAUCUGGUCUGAAUCCUGAACAACCACCAGUGAGACUAGGUUAGGCUCACAGAACUCUCGGGAACCUUGGAAUGAAAUGAUAACAUCCCCUCGCAGCUUGUGCUCACCAGGAAAGGCCGCUGCCUUUCCCGAGAGGCUGCCAGAGGCCGUGUUUUCCGUCCUUCUGCAGAAAGCUGACGAAAGCCCGUGGCUGUCUGGGACAGGAGACACAACACCCCGAUUCUCAUCAUGCCCUCGUUUCCCGCUCUCCCUCAGCUAAUUUUCUGCUGAAACAGCAUAGCAAAAAUGUAACAGGAAAUUCUACACCGAGACUGAAAACGGCAGUCCGACUCACACGGAGUCAGAAGACAACUGAGCGGGUGAAAGCCGAGAAAAUCCUCCCGGCAGCCAGUCUGCAGGCGGCGGCGGGAGGGGAGCCCCCGCUGCCCCCCCCCCCCCCACAGGGUUGUGCAAGGCUUCCUGCCCUCCGCCUGCCUGCCGCCUUCCUCGGCCUGGACGGCGCGCACACGCCACGCCCCGAGCUGGACGGAGCAUCCCAACUCGGCGAUGCAAAGCGACUUCCUAGAGGACGAGGAAAAUGCGUUGCAGCGUCGGAAAAACAUUGCAGGGUCGGAAAAGCAAGAGGAGAGUGCUUUUCUCAUACGAGGCUGUUUGCUAAUCAUCCUGCUUGACCCUGGUCUGACCUUUCUGGGGACCGUCGCCCGCUGUCACGGUAUAAUCACGAUCCGCAACGGACGAAGGUGCAAAUGGUUUCUGGUCCCGUAAAGUCGGCUAAGGUUAGAGGUGAAUGACAGAAAUCAGUAAGUUGUUUUGCUUUAUAGCCUCCGAGAGAAGUUAACCCCACGCUGAUACGGUUUUACUCCCUGUAAAAGGUUAACCACCUUGAUGUCGAACUUAAUCAUCUGGUCUCGGCUUUCGUUCCCCAUUAACUCCGUACAUCCCUGCUCCUCAAAUGCUCUCGCCAGCGGCUCCUUGGCUUCCUCCUGGUUUCCACAAUAAUCCAAUAAAAUACAAAAACCAA